AUCAAGAUGAAUGUUGUGUUGGAACUUUCUGCCAUGUGAACUCCACUUGCUCAGAUUCUCUCGGAGGUUUUAACUGUUCUUGCGACGAUGGUUUUAUUGGGAAUGGCGCGGAUUGUCAAGGUAAAUUUUCGGUGUAUUACUGUAGCUUUUAUUUUGCACGAUAUGAUUCAAUGCACCAAGUGUCAAAAUUAUGUUUCUCCCAUGCACUUGGGAGAGAGAAUUGAUAUAUUCCAAAAUCUUAUUAUAGAUUCUUUUUAUCGUAGUUGCUUUAAAAGACAUAACCCUUCAUUUUACUCUAAAUCAUUAUCCAUCAACCGUCUUACAUAUAUCCAUAUCUAUAUAUAGUCGUUUUUUUGUGAAGUCACAACUGGAAUAAAUGCUGGCUAUAUCCCUACUUUUUACUUUUGUCUAUUUUAAAUUAAAAUACAAGUUAUGUUUAAAGUGCAUAUAUGACAUGAAAUUUCUUAUUUUCUUAAAUGAAAGAACUCUUUAAGCUGUAGUGUAACUUAUAUUUCAGUUUUUUGCUUUCAUGGUUUGUUCCCGAGAUAUUUCAAUUUGUUUUAUAAGUAAAUGAGUAUGAAUAUGUCCGCUAAUUUAUGACGUCAUGUUGGUUGCAAGCUCCUCAAAAUGGUUGAAUAUCAAUGCUAUCAUCCAAGAUGAUAAUUUGAAACUUCACUCACUGGUAAAUGUGAUGAAACACUGGAGAAAAACGUGAACAGAUAUCUACAGUUUUUAGAGUUAAUACAUUUAUAACCAGUGUAAAUUGAGCUUGCAACCAACGUGACGUCAUAAAUUAGCGGACAUAUUCACACUCAUUUACAUAUCAAACAAAUUGAAAUAUCUCGGGAACAAACCAUAAAAACAAGAAACUGAAAAAUAAGUUACACUACAGCUUAAAGAGUUCUUUCAUUUAAGAAAAUAAGAAAUUUCAUGUCAUAUGCACUUUAAGCAUUUCACUGAUAUUAGUUCCUAGUUAUGGCAUGAUUUUAAUUUAUUUAGGCCUAAUUACAAAAAAAAAUAUUUCGAUUCGGGUAUGUUCCGACUCUGCAGUAUUUCAUUUAGUUGAUUUGCAGGCAUUGCAUGUAUGUGAUGGAACUAUGCGCAAGACUUAAUUUUAUCGUUCGACAAGCUUUUUGCAUUUCAUUUUAUCCCAUAAUAAAUAAUACUUAUAUAAGUGAGGGACAAACGAGAGAUCCCAGACGCAUGUAGAGGUCCUAUUACCUAUCCCAAAUUAAAGUAAAUCACGUAAACUUAAACAAAAGUUAGAAAGUAACGAAAUACUUCGCCACAAAAUGAAAAUAACGAAGUAAAACGUUACUUCUUAAAACGACUUCGUUCCAAGUAAAAGUAUCCCAGAAAAAGUUUACUUUUUUUACAUGCUGACUUCUCAAAAAUUGUAUUCAAGUACAGUAACAAUUAACAAAGUACAUUUACUUCGUUACUUGACACCACUGGACAAAACAGGUAAAAAGUUGGCUAGAUAUCAAUUCCCAAAAAGAGACAACUGAAAACACUGAAAUUGGUCUGUAGUUCAUGCGCUCUCGGUUAUUACCAUUAUACAUUACCAGCCAUUUUUGACAAGUUGAAUAAUGUGGCAAGAGAUUGAGAUAUGAUAUCUGCAUCAAUAACGAACCAAAUAAGGGAAAUAUAGCCUAGAACUAUCUUUCAAUUUUAAACACCCUGUAAUUUAGGCCAUGAUGAAGCCGCCAUAUUGUAGUGCCAAAGUAUACAUGUGUAUGCAUCGCAGUUUUUUCAAAGGAACAUAGAAUUUCAUUUACCUUCAUUAACUGAAGCGGUGAUAAAACAUAUAGUACAUACUGCAAUGUUGAGUGAAGUUUUAUAAAUGUGUAAACCAUUCCUUUAAAAAUAAUGGUAACAAUUGUUAUAAUCCAUUUCAGCUCCAAACUGCAGCGAUCCUUCCUGUGGACAAAAUGAAGAGUGUGUCCUGGUGAACAAUACCUUCGCGUGUGUUUGCAAGGAUGGAUAUGAAGAACCUGAUUGUCUUCGUAAGAAUUUGCUCCAUUUCUCGUUUAAAAUUAAUUGUCGUUAUUUCCGCUUUAACAAAUAUUAAAAAAUUUCAUUGUUUUGAUCAGAAAUGUUUGACGGGUAUUACCCAUAUACAAUCUAUCAAUCAAUUUUGACGGAUAUUACCCAUAGAGCUGGGUGUUACAUUUGUUUGUAACUUAAACUUACAAUCGGCAUAUCAUAAAAAACCAUCAAAUCUUUGAAAAUGUUUUCCAUGAAGGAAACCUAACCGUAACAAUGGUUAAAAUAAAACAAUUUUUGUAUCAAUAAUCUACAAGAGCAAUACAUAUUUACAAGAUCUAGUAUUUGUUUAUACUCUAAUUAAUUUGGUAGUGUUUAUGUACGAUUUAAAACAUGAGCAGCAGUGUUUUAUCAGAUAUAUCUUUAGAUAUGAUAAAACACGCACUGCGAAUGUUUUAAAUUGCUCCAAAAACGAUCGAUCUAGUAAGUUCAUUGGCGAAGUAAUUUUCAAAAAAUACGUUGUGUAAGUCGAGAAAAUCAAAGUUAAAGUGCACGUAAAUCAAUUCAAGGGAAAUCUCUAUCACAUAUAUAAAGAUAAGAAACGUUUAUGAUUUUUCUCUGCGUUUUUCUCAUGAAUUAUUAAUGAGUUUUUGAAAGUAAGUUAAAUCAUUUACCGUAGUAGCCUGGUCCAAUACUACAGAUAGCACGAUACAAAAAAUGCAAGGUAUACACAACUGAUUUAAUGGAACAAAGAAAUACAAUCAUACAACUCCAGUAUUAAAGGAACUGCGAAGAAUACCCAAUAUACUCAAUUAUAACUUUAUGGUAGGGAAGAAAUCAUAACUUUUAAAAGUGUGCAGGGAAUGGCGCCUACUUACAGUAUCUAAGACUGCAAUUUGUAAGUGAGGGCAGUAUAAGUCGAAGGUCAACCAAGCAAUCAUCUCAUUAGUUGAACAUUCCACUUCAUAAAAACGCAUCGGCCCAGCGGACCUUCCAUUAUCGUGCAGUCCAAUUAUGGAAUUAUUUAUGCGCAGAACUUAAAGUCACUAUGACAGUGCGAAAUGUUAAACGUAAAUUAACAAUGUAAUAUUAUUGUAGUCAUUUUAGCUCAGUUCAUAUUAUUUGGGAGUUGUGUUUUAGUAGUUAUUUUUUGUAAUUGUCACUGAAAAGCCCAUAUCCACCUUAUUUUCUGUUUUUAGGUCCAAUGACAACGUGCAAUAUACCUGCAGUUGUCUACUAUGGUCCCAGUGCAGUAAACUACCAAGUAACCAUUAAUAACGUAACAACCUCGGGAAAUCUUGUUAGUGGAGGAGCCAAAGACAUGGACUACGACCGUGUCUCCCGACGAUUGUUCUAUUAUGUGUCAGACAACUUCUAUAGCAUUGAACAAGAUGGUUCUGAUUUACGAGACAUAGGAGCAGUAGUAAAUGUUGAGAGGUUCACUGUAGACGGACGAAACAAUAUCAUCUAUUACAUCAAUACAUUAACUAACACUAUUUACAAGUUGAAUAUGACAAACUCAGUCGGCACUGAUCUUGGUAUACGUGCCAAGGACAUUGACAUGGACAGCAUAAAUAAGUAAGUACUCUUAAAUAUGAAAACAAACGAGAAAUAUUUUGACCCAGCUAGGUCACAGAGAAUGUCUUGGUUGCCUUUAACAACUAUCCUUGCUGACCCUGAAUUUAGUUUUUGAAUUAAAGUGGCACUCGCGUCAAAUUUCAACGAAAAUGCUCUUAAAACUGUAUAGUAACUUGUUUUGAAGAUUUUUGUUCCCAUGCUUAGCGCUUAGUUCUUGGGAUGCUUCAUUUUGUUUGUAACCAUGUGACGUCAUUGGCUCAAUUACAUAUAUUAACGGCUUAUUGACCGAGCGUGAGGUCUGUACUGUGAAAUAUCAGACCGAGGUUUUUUAGUAUGGAACGAGCGACGAAGAAGCGAGGUCCAUGCAAAAAAACAGAGGUCUGAUAUUUCACAGUACAGACCGAAUAAGCGAGGUCAAUAAUCGGUUUAUUAUAUGGCUGAACUGAAUCUCUGAGCAUAUGCUUUUCGCGCGAAUUAAAUCGGCUAUCGUCAGUUUCACUGGGUAACAAUAUACGGUAGGCAUGCAUGCUCAAUCAAAAACAAUUUGGUUGUUUGAAAUUUUUAUCUGUAAAUUUUAAUGACACACAAUUGGAAAAUUAAAAAGCAAAAAUUUUUUCUGUUUGAAAACCAAAAAUUUCCUGCCAGGUAAUCCGGGACACCGGUCCAGAUACGGAAAAUACCGACCACGGUCCGGCUUUUUACGGACCGCUUGUCAAUCAAUCAGAAUAGAGAAUUUUGAAAAGCCAUAUAAUAAAAUGAGAUAUCAGUAAUUGUUGUGUUUUUUUUUUGCUAUUUUUGAUGGAUUUGUUUUAAAAAAUAGUAUGCUUAAUGAUGUAGGUUAAAUUAACAAACGCGCCGCAUCUUUGAAAAGAUUUUGAUAAAAAAUAGCAACGAUACACAACAAUUACUGAUAUCUCAUUAUAUAUGUAAUUGAGUCAAUGACGUCACAUGGUCACAAACAAAAUGAAAUAUCUCAAGAACUAAGCAUGGGAACAAAAAUCUUCAAAACAAGUUACUAUACAGUUUUAAGAGUAUUUUCGUUUAAGAAAAUAAAAAUUUUGACGCGAGUGCCACUUUAAAGGUGUCCUACAGUCCGAUCUGCGCAUGUGCACAAAGGAGCCCACUUUUUAUGAUACAAACAGUUUAACUAUGUUUUGGGUUCUUGCAAAGCCUGAUUGUUGUUUCUUGAUCAUUUAUUAUACUCUAGAAGCUUGAAAAUAUAAAUAGUUGUCGAAUAAAGCUCAAUAUUUUGGACGCAAAAAUGUAAACAAAGGCUUUGUUUACAUACGGACUGUAGGGCACCUUAAAGUUAAGCCUAAAAAAUAUCUGUGGUUCCGGUUUCCCGACGGACCCUAUUUUUUUUCUGCCGACCCUAUUAUUUUUUCAACGUGAUUGAUCGUGUGACCCUAUUGUGUCCUGAUGGUUGCGAGCUGCUCAUACAGCGUGCCAAAAUGGCGUCUGUUGAGCUCAGUGGUUGUCACAAUAUUAAAUUGUUGAAUCAAAAUACCACAUUGUCUAAAUUCGUCCAUAGGAAAUACGCGUCUCUUGUUAAUAUUGAUGUCGGGACUGUACUGAAAAUCGCCCAGCAAAAAACCCCGCCAAAACCAUGAAAAAAAUAUUUAAAAAAAAUUAUAUCCCACCUACGUAGCCUAAUUUUUUCACGAUAUGAAACCGGAACCACUGGUAUUUUUUAGGCCUUAGGUUACAGAUUUAGGCAACAAAUAACACUGAUUUAUUUCAAAUUCGGUCACUUGGUUUAAAAUAUAAAGUUGAAUUGAAAUGAUCUUUUGGCAAAACAAAUUCGUACCACUCACUACAGUAUAAGUUGUAAGAAAAAAGAUUGUGUUCAGAAGCAUAGCAGUAGGGAGGGCCCUUCUAGCUAAUUAUUUUGUACUGGAAAUUCUGAACUUUCACUUCCUUGAUGUUCCUGAUGUUACCUCGAGUGCGUGCGCACACCGGGACAGGCUGAAACAUUUGCCUGACAAUGGUGGGAAUCGAAACAGCUACCAUUAGGAUACCAGUCCAAUGGACUGCCAACUGGGCUACGAGGUCAACUCGGUUCGAGUAGGAACCCUAGUCUAGUUCCUUGGAUAUUAAUGUGGUCUCAAUGUGCCAAAAAAAUCCUUUUUAAAAAUUGCCACAUUUUGUCUACAUUCUUUGCACUCAUCGUCAUCAAUCUAUACCAUAUAUCACCAUGUAAUAUGUAAUACUGUAGCACUAUUUUGUGCUCUAUAUUUAAGACAUUGCUCAAAGCGUUCGAUUUCCCUCAAGAUUGUUGUAUAUUUUCUCUUCUAGUUACCUGGUUAUUGUCAAGACAGAUAGUGGUAGCAACGUAGAGCGUUACAAUGUUGAGACGGAAGUGGUGGAUGUAAUCAAAUCAGGAGGUGACUUUCCUCAGGAUGUUUCUGUUGAUGCUGAUAAUGGUGUAGUUUACUGGGUGAACGUCAUUGGUGGUUCUACGUUUAAAGUCAAGAGUACCUCGUAUGCUGGUGAAACAAUAGACUUGAAUAUUACUUAUGCUGACACAAUCGAAAUAGCUCAAGAUGAACUUUACUUAUAUGUUCUGUUUGUUUCAAAUGAGACAAUCUAUAAAUAUAGGAAAAAUACAUGGGAGCAGAUGGGAAGUAUCGUUGUUCCUAGUGGUACAAGUGGAAUUGAAGUUGCAUUUGGUGAGUAUUAGAGCCCGUGCCCUGUGUCAAUAAAAUCGAUUAUUAUAUACCAAUAGUCAAAGUCGCAUUUUUCUAGUGUUUUAUUGGUCGAGAGCAUAUCACGUGAGAGUGACGAAAUUAGACUGUUUCCCUCGCAACAGCGCGAGAGGGAAACAAUACGUUAUCGAC